UCAAUGUUACUUGGCGGUUCGUCCUCUCUUGUAAGUUGCAUUGGAUAAAAGAUGCAUACAUGUAAAGUAUUUAAGUAAUGGUUUAGUUUUAGUUAACCCUGAAAGGAGGCUAACUUUAUCAUAACAGUUGUCUAUUUCAUAACUUGGACUUCAUGCAUGACUUUAUUUUGGGUCACGAGUGGCAUGAGAGGUCAACGCCAUCAUAUUUCACCCCAAAAAUGUCCGUCCUCAUCUCUGGGCACAAUCAAGGGUAGUUAUCGCCAGCCGCUCACGCUCAAGUGACAGGAGCAACUGGACAAGAGGGCCGUGAAACUCAGUAGGAGUUGCCAAGGGGAUGUUGUUACCAAUCCACACCGUGUCUCCGGACUGUCAGCAUGUGGAACGUGUUUGUGACGUCCUUUGGAUGUCUUGCCUUUGAGUCUCUAGCAGAUGAGAAGAAGCGUCUAGCUGAGAAGGAGACCAGAAAUGGGUGGAAAGAAAUCAAAGCAGAGCGUGGCAGACGAUGCAAGAAAGAGCGCGUGUCCCGACGAAAACCUUCCGACGGUCGAACGCAUACGCAAGCACAUGACCAAGCACUUCGGCUACAGCGUGCUCAGCCUCGCUCGCCGCGGCAUGCUGGAUCUUCCGGAGGAGUUAUGGGAGCUGACCGAACUGCAGAAGCUCAACCUGUCGCUCAACGCGCUGCGGUCCGUCCCGUCCUCUCUGGGUUUGCUGCAGAACCUAGUGGUGCUGAAUCUGUGGGGAAACCAGCUGACCAGCUUGCCGCCUGAAAUCGGCCAGCUCAGAAACCUGAAGGUGCUUUUCGCGUAUCGCAAUCGUCUGAGCGAGGUUCCCGAAGAGCUGGGCUGCUGCAGCAAACUGGAGGUGUUGAGUCUCGCCAACAACCAGCUGACCGGCCUCCCGCCGUCGCUCUCGGCCCUCGCCGGACUCAAGAAGCUCAACCUGAGCCACAAUCACAUCACUCACAUCCCCGGCUGCGUUUACACCAUGAAGAGCCUGGUGUUUCUGCAGCUGGCCUGCAACAGACUCGAAAACAUCGCCGAUCAGAUCCAGGCGCUGGCCGACUUGAAGAUCCUCAUCGUUGAGGGCAACUGCAUCCACUCGCUUCCCAAGAUGCUCUGCCGUCUAACCAAGCUGGAGCUCCUGAAUGUGGAUUUCAACGACAUCCAGAACGUUCCAGAGGAGAUGCACCGGCUGAGACGGCUGGAGAAGUUAGCGUGCCACCCGCUGGACAAAGGACUUCACAUCAUGCACAAUCCCCUGCUGAAACCCAUCAAAGAGGUUUUGGACGGAGGUCUGCAAGCGCUCUACAGCUAUCUGAAGGCCACGUGAAACACUAAACCUCUUGAAAUAACCUUGUUUACCGUCUCUGAGAGAUGCAGCUUCACCGAGGUCUCAAGAAUUGUAUUAUGUUUAAUCUCAGAGUUCAUGUGCUGCUGUUCAAAAUGGGUUUACUAUAAAUUCAGAACAGUGAUGAUUUAUUUUAAAGGAUGUUUUACAUUUGAGAAGCAGGAAACACAAACUAAACUACUGUGAAAAAACAGUGUAGUAUGUGUAAAUCCGAACACUCAAAAUAAUGAAUUGGUUUGAGUAGGGCAAACUCAAAUUAAACAAAUUAGUUAGUAA